UCUGCUCAUCAACCACACACUACAAAUCUAAGCUCACUUCUUACUAUCUACUUCUCAUUCCUUUCAUUCCUUCCCUUAGCUUCUUAAUUCACAGUCAUGGGCGUCUUCACUUUUGAGGAUGAAAUCACCUCCACCGUGCCCCCUGCUAAGCUUUACAAUGCUUUGAAGGAUGCCGACUCCCUCACCCCUAAAAUUAUUGAUGACGUCAAGAGUGUUGAAAUUGUUGAGGGAAACGGUGGUCCCGGAACCAUCAAGAAACUCAACAUUGUCGAGGGUGCGGAAACCAAGUUUAUCUUGCACAAGGUGGAGGCAAUAGAUGAGGCUAACUUUGCAUACAACUACAGCGUGGUUGGAGGAGUGGCUCUGCCUCCCACGGCGGAGAAGAUAACAUUUGAGACAAAGCUGGUACAAGGACCCAACGGAGGAUCCAUUGGGAAGCUUACUCUCAAGUACCACUCUAAAGGAGAUGCAAAGCCAGAUGAGGAAGAGUUGAAGAAGGGUAAGGCCAAGGGUGAAGGUCUCUUCAGGGCUAUUGAGGGUUACGUCUUGGCCAACCCUUCUCAGUAUUAGAACAUACACUUUGCUCAAUCUUGAUACACAAGUUUUUCUUAGUAUUAUUUCUAUACAGUUUUCUUUGUGUGAAAAUAAUAGUUAAAUAAUUUCACAUGUUUGACUAAACAAUAUAUCAUUUUCACACGAAGAAGACUAGUUGGGAAUUUUCAUUUUCUUUUGGGCAUAUGUUUGUGUGGUGUGGGCUUGUGCUUCAAAUAAUUGGUUUUCUACUCUGUAAUAAGUGUUGUCUUCUGCUGCAGCUUUGUCUUUGUGUGAGCUUCAUAUCAAUAAAAUUUAAUACAAAAGAAAUUUGAAUAA